AUAAUUUAAAAAAAAGCAUUUUCUCACGUUUACAUGUAACAUGGUGUGCUUUAUUACUAGGGUGUGCAUUGGGAUAUUUUAGAAGUUGUAUUUUGUUCUGUUUUGGCCAUAAUUGACCUAAGGAGAAUGCCAUGUACUUUUGCUCCCAUACAAAUAUAUGUAUAUGUUUCUAAAGUAGAAUAUGAAAGAGUAGUAGCCUCCUUAUUUAGAUUUUAUUAAAAACCCACUAACUCAAUUCUCUCCUUCUAAUGCUCUUUUGUUUGUCUUUUGCAGUGUGACAUCUGGUCGCUGGGUAUAACCGCCAUCGAAAUGGCCGAGGGACAAGAACCUUACGCAGGGCAAUACCCAGUGGAGCACCUGAUCAGAGAAGCCCAACCACCGAAGCUUCGAUCAAAGACCUGGUCACAAAGUUUUGUGUCUUUUCUGGAGUCCUGUUUGACGAAGGAUCCUUCUGAGAGAGGAAGUGCUGAAGAACUCCUGCAGCACCCAUUCAUCAAAGAACUGCCCCCUAAGAAGAUCAUCAGGGCUGAGAUUGAAGAACAUCUCCGGGCUCUGCAGAACCGGCCGGCCAAGAAAGGUGAAGGAAUCCAUUAUAUCUGAUACAACUGCACCAUCACAGAGUGUAAAUCAACACUGAAAUGAGACACUGCAAAAUGAAAGUGGUGCUGGGAAUAAUAAAAUGUAUUUUUAUUUUUUUUUAAAUGUUUUAUUGCAUUUUAC